GCGCUUCUUAUAAUCCUUGGAAGAGUCAUCGCUUGUGCUCCUCGCCCCAUUUUUUCUGCUCCAUUUUCUCUCAAGAGAUGGCGGAAGGGAUCGCGAAAUCAUUGAAGAAUGAGGAAGACGCCUGCGACGACGUCCCUCUUUCCGCUUUUUCCGGUGCUAAAAUGGUGAAGAAGGAGGAGCCGAGCAACGGCGCAGAAGACGACGAGGAUCAAGACAAUGCUCCUCUCUCCAAAUCCAGAGUAAGGAAAUCCAAAACCUCCACUUCAAAGGUCAAGAAAGAGGAAAUUUUCGAGCAGACAAUUGACAAGAAGAUAAAGAAGAGGGAAGAGGAGAAGAAGAAUGUUAAGAGGGUUUCCCGAGUAAAGACAAGUGAAACGGAUGAUUCAGAAAACGAGGAUGUGAAGGUUCAUUUGGCUCUCAUUUUGGUUCAUUAUUUGUGCAUAACGUUUGAAGUUUUGGCUUCCCUGAUGUUUCGUCGAUUGAAGGAGAAGAAGGAAAAAAAGAAGAGGAAGAGGAUUAAAGAGGUGGAGAAAAAAGCAGUUGGGAAGAAGGGUUCCGUUGCUGAUGGAAAGGUAAAGGGGAGAAAGGUGUAUGAUUUACCAGGGCAGAAGCACGACCAGCCGGAGGAAAGAGAUCCUUUGCGAAUUUUCUAUGAAUCACUUUACAAUCAGGUUCCAGGAAGUGAAAUGGCUGCACUAUGGAUGAUGGAGUGGGGUUUGCUUCCAUUGGACGAAGCUAAGAAGGUGUAUGAUAAUAAGCUCAAGAAGAACCAACAGCAGAAGCUGAGGUCACCGAUAAAGGCUGCCUCUGUUGAGAUGAGACAAAAUGGCGCCAAAAAGCUGCAGAAAACUGUCCAGAAAACCGAAAUGAAGGUUUCAAGGAAGCGGAAGGCUAGGGACUCCCAAGAUGAAGAAGAUGAUGAUGAUGAUGAUUUCGUUUUGUCUAAGAUAGCCAAAAAACCAAGAGCUUCAGGCUAAUACAUUAGCUGCAAUGUUGAUUGUCGCUUAUUUAAUCAACUACAUUUACUGAUUUACAUUCUCUUCGGGUAAUUUAAACUCGCUUUCGGUGUUA